AUGUCGAACGUGUUUUUCCCCUACUCCAAGGCGCCUUUGCGCACCAUCAAGGAGAUCCAGUUUGGUCUCUUCGCCCCCGAGGAACUCAAGCGGAUGAGUGUGGUACAUGUGGAAUACCCGGAGACGAUGGAUGAGCAACGACAGCGCCCCCGGACAAAGGGUCUAAAUGAUCCUCGCUUAGGAACAAUCGAUCGGCAAUGGAAUUGUGAAACUUGUGAGGAAGGCCAAAAAGAAUGUCCCGGACACUUCGGGCAUAUCGAACUUGCCACUCCAGUUUUCCAUAUCGGUUUUUUGACUAAGAUCAAGAAGCUACUCGAGACGGUCUGCCACAACUGUGGAAAGAUCAAAGCCAAUACGUCCGACCCCAAAUUCCUAGAAGCCCUGCGUAUGAGAGAUCCGAAACGACGAUUCGACAACAUCUGGCGCCUGUCCAAGGAUGUUUUGAUAUGUCAGGCCGACCAACCUGAGGACGACGACCCGUUUUCGAAAGAAGCCUCGAAGCCCACGAGAAACCAUGGCGGGUGUGGGAAUGCCCAGCCCCAGAUUCGGAAAGAAGGCAUCAGCUUGGUUGGAACAUGGAAGCCUAACAAGAGCAUGAUGGACGAUGACAUGGACAUGGCGCAGCCGGAAAAGAAAACCAUCACCCCAACAGUGGCACUGAAUGUGUUUCGCACCAUCUCCCAUGAAGAUGUUCGCAUCAUGGGGCUGAGCAACGACUAUGCCCGCCCGGAGUGGAUGGUUGUCACCGUCUUGCCGGUCCCGCCUCCCCCUGUCCGUCCUAGUGUGCUUGUGGGUGGUAGCACAAGUGGCCAGCGUGGUGAGGAUGAUUUGACUUACAAAUUGGCUGAAAUUGUGCGCGCAAACCAGAAUGUCCAGCGCUGUGAGCAGGAAGGUGCCCCGGAGCACGUGGUGCGUGAAUUCGAGUCGCUACUGCAGUACCAUGUCGCUACUUAUAUGGACAACGAUAUUGCUGGUCAACCGAAGGCCAUGCAGAAAUCGAACCGACCGGUCAAAGCUAUUCGCAGUCGUCUGAAGGGUAAGGAAGGUCGUCUGAGACAGAACUUAAUGGGUAAGCGUGUGGACUUUUCCGCGCGUACAGUUAUUACUGGUGACCCCAACUUGUCUCUGGACGAGGUCGGUGUUCCCAAGAGUAUCGCGAGAACCCUGACGUAUCCCGAGGUUGUUACUCCUUACAACAUCGAGAAGCUGCAGAAUCUGGUUAGCAAUGGUCCUAAUGAGCACCCCGGAGCACGGUAUAUUGUUCGAGAUAACGGCGAGCGCAUUGAUUUGCGUCACGCUAAACGGGCCGGAGGUCAGCAACUGCUCUACGGCUGGAAAGUCGAACGUCACGUCAUGGAUGGCGAUGUUAUUCUUUUUAAUCGACAGCCCUCUCUGCACAAGGAAUCUAUGAUGGGUCAUCGCGUUCGUGUCAUGCCGUACUCAACGUUCCGACUUAAUUUGUCUGUUACAACUCCCUACAACGCCGAUUUUGAUGGUGAUGAAAUGAACUUGCACGUUCCUCAGAGUGAGGAAUCGCGAGCCGAACUUAGCGAGCUUGCACUGGUCCCAUGCAACAUUGUGUCACCACAGCGAAACGGACCGCUGAUGGGUAUCGUGCAGGACACGCUCUGUGGUAUUUACAAAAUUUGCCGUCGUGAUGCGUUUUUGACUAAGGACCAAGUGAUGAACAUUAUGAUGUGGGUACCUGACUGGGAUGGUGUUAUUCCGCCUCCGGCCAUCUUGAAGCCUAGGCCCAGAUGGACUGGAAAGCAGAUGAUCAGCAUGGCUCUUCCUCCUGGUCUCAACCUUCUGCGUAUUGAUAAGGACAGCUCGCCCCUCUCAGAGAAGUUUUCACCUCUGAACGAUGGUGGUGUCCUGAUUCAUGGUGGACAGUUGUUGUAUGGAAUGCUUUCCAAGAAGACUGUUGGAGCCAGCGGUGGCGGUGUUAUUCACACCAUCUUCAAUGAGUAUGGACCACCCACUGCUGUGUCCUUCUUCAAUGGAGCUCAAACAAUCGUCAACUAUUGGCUGUUACAUAAUGGUUUCAGUAUCGGUAUUGGUGACACUAUUCCGGACGCUCUCACGAUCCAGAGAAUCGAAAAUUGUGUGCGUGCCAGGAAGCAAGAGGUCGACGAGAUCACUGAAAGUGCAACGGCGAAUACCCUUGAAGCGUUGCCCGGUAUGAACGUGCGAGAAACUUUCGAGAGUAAGGUCUCGCGUGCUCUCAACAACGCUCGUGAUGAAGCCGGUAGCGAAACAGAAAAGAGUUUGAAGGAUUUGAACAAUGCCAUCCAGAUGGCUCGCUCUGGAUCAAAGGGUUCAACCAUCAAUAUCUCUCAGAUGACUGCGGUCGUGGGUCAACAGUCCGUGGAAGGCAAACGUAUUCCUUUCGGGUUCAAGUAUCGUACGUUGCCCCAUUUCACGAAGGACGACUAUUCGCCUGAAUCUCGUGGUUUCGUGGAGAACUCAUACCUGCGAGGUCUGACACCGACUGAAUUCUUCUUCCACGCCAUGGCUGGUCGCGAGGGUCUUAUCGAUACUGCCGUCAAAACGGCCGAAACAGGUUAUAUCCAGCGAAAACUGGUUAAAGCCUUGGAAGAGGUCAUGGUCAAGUAUGAUGGUACUGUCCGAAACAGUAUGGGAGAUAUCAUUCAGUUUGUGUACGGAGAAGACGGUCUGGACGGUGCUCACAUUGAAAACCAGCGAGUCGAUAUCAUUAAAUGCUCUGAUGACAAGUUCAGAGAUCGUUUCCGUGUUGAUCUCAUGGACCCUGAGCGCAGCCUUGGGCCUGAUGUCUUGGAGCAGGCCAAUGAGAUUGCAGGUGACGUGGAUGUUCAAAGAUAUUUGGAUGAGGAGUGGGAGCGACUUCUGAAGGACCGGGCCUUCCUCCGGACUGUCGCCAAGGAAGACGAGGAGAUGAUGCAGCUUCCCAUCAACGUGCAGCGUAUCCUUGAGACUGCCAGAACUACAUUCAGAAUCCGCGAAGGAACGAUCAGCGACUUGCACCCAGCGGAUGUUGUCCCACAAGUGCAAUCUUUGCUUGAUCGGUUGUUGAUUGUACGGGGAGAUGACGAUAUUUCGCAAGAAGCUCAGGAGAAUGCCACCCUGUUGUUCAAGGCGCAGCUCCGCAGUCGUCUUGCAUUCCGCAGACUGGUCACGGAGUAUUCCUUGAACAAACUGGCCUUCCAGCAUGUGAUUGGUGCCAUCGAGAGUCGAUUUGCCAGAGCUGCUGCCAGCCCUGGUGAAAUGGUUGGUGUUUUGGCUGCUCAGUCAAUUGGUGAACCGGCUACGCAGAUGACUCUUAACACCUUCCACUUUGCUGGUGUGUCAUCCAAGAACGUCACACUUGGUGUUCCCCGUCUGAAGGAAAUUCUGAAUGUCGCCACCAACAUCAAGACGCCGUCUAUGACUGUUUACCAAGAGCCCCACAAAUCUGGUGACAAGGAGGGCGCUAAGCAGCUACGAAGUGCUGUUGAGCACACUAGCCUGCGGUCUGUUACUGAAGCCACGGAGAUUUACUAUGAUCCGGACAUCCAAACUACUGUCAUCGAGAAUGAUAGGGAUAUGGUGGAGUCCUACUUCAUUAUCCCCGAGGAUGUUACGGACGAUUCUUCCCGCCAGUCGAAAUGGUUGCUCCGUAUCAUUUUGAACCGACCGCAACUUCUUGACAAAGGUCUUACUGUGCAAGAUGUUGCAGCUAGGAUUAAGCAAGCGUACCCCAAGGAUAUCGCUGUAAUUUUCAGUGAUAACAACGCAGAUGAGCAAGUCAUUCGAAUCCGGCAGAUUCAAGACAACAAGGAGGAUGAUGAUGACGAGGACAUCGAGUACGAUGUUACACUCAAGAAACUGGAGCAGCAUCUCCUGGACACCCUUACUCUUCGAGGCGUUGAUGGCGUCGAACGCGCGUUCAUUAACGAAAAGAACAAGAUCCGUGUUCUUGAAGAUGGUUCAUUGUUCACCAGCAAGAGUGACCCUAAAUGCAAAGAAUGGGUUCUCGAAACCAGUGGCUCAUCUCUCGGUGCGGUUUUGGCCAUUCCAGGCGUCGAUGCCAGUCGCACGUACUCCAACCAGUUUAUUGAAGUUUUUGAAGUCUUUGGUAUCGAGGCUGCUCGUACCGCCGUUCUUCGCGAGUUGACGCAGGUGCUUGCCUUUGACGGUUCGUAUGUCAACCACCGUCACCUGGCGUUGCUUGUCGACGUCAUGACCGUGCGAGGCUAUCUGACUCCUGUCACUCGUCACGGUAUCAACCGUGCCGACAAUGGUGCACUGAUGCGCUGCUCUUUCGAAGAGACCGUGGAAAUUCUGUUAGAAGCGGCCGCUUUCGGUGAACUGGAUGACUGCCGUGGUGUUUCCGAGAAUUUGAUUUUGGGACAGAUGGCACCUGCGGGUACUGGAGAGUUCGACAUCUAUCUUGAUCAGAGCUUGCUCAACACCGUUGUAUCGAACAAUGCUCGCUUUGGUGUUAUGGGUGCUAUUGGCGCUAAGGACGCAAUCAUCAAUGAUGGUGCUGCAACCCAGUAUGACACUGGGUCACCCAUGCAAGAGAACUCCUACAUUGGUACCCCUGAUCCGGAAUCGAACUUCUCUCCUAUCCGCCAAGCCGGCGCUGAGACUCCUGGUGGAUUCACUGAGUACCAACCCAGCGGUGGUUUCGGUGGAUUCAGCCCUGCGCCCACGAGCCCUGCUGGCUAUUCCCCGAGUAGUCCGUUCAGUGCAAACCCGACAUCCCCUGGCUAUUCACCUACUUCAAGCUACUCUCCUACGUCCCCUGGCAUGGGUAUUACCAGCCCUCGCUUCAUGACGUCUCCGGGAUUUUCUCCUGCUAGUCCGUCGUUUGCACCAACGUCGCCGGCCUACUCGCCCACGUCUCCUGCCUAUGGCCAGGCGUCGCCAACCUCACCGUCAUACUCACCAACUUCGCCAGGCUUCUCGCCUACGUCGCCCAAUUACAGCCCGACGUCGCCAAACUUCAGUCCCGCCUCGCCUGCGUUUAGUCCCACGUCACCGAGCUAUAGUCCUACCAGUCCUGCAAUUGGUGGUGCCGGUCGACAUCUUUCACCUACCUCACCUACGUCUCCCAAAUACACACCUACUUCACCCGGAUGGUCUCCCACGAGUCCCCAGACGUAUUCUCCUACAUCGCCCAACUUUUCCGGCUCGCCGACUUCUCCCGGAGGAGUCUCUCCUGGUUACAGUCCGACGUCGCCGAGCUUCAGUCCUUCGUGGCCCGAUCCGCUCAAGCGUGCUCGGGACCACUUAGAGGACAUCUCCGGUCCCCGCCGACUUAACCAGGCACAUAAAUCGGCCCUUGAUGACGCCUAUGUGGUGGAGUCUAAGGGACAGACCGAUAUUCCACUACAAGAUGCUACUCAUGAAUCACCCAAACGAUCUUCCCAAACAGGAUAUGACGCCCAACCGGGGAAUGAACACGUAAACGCCGCACUUACGAUCCUUCGUGACUCCAAGAUCUCCGUCGUACCGAACGAAAAACCAUCUGGCCUUAUCGGAUACGGAUUACACUACACCCAACAGGCUUUCCGCGUACUGUUCUUGAACGGACCGCAGCCCGAGAAUGCUGCUCGACAGAAGAUCCAUCCGAAUCUCGCCAAAGCGGUGAAUGAGUUGACGAUAGCUACAGAGAACCAAAAUGCCGACGCGAUGUUUCUACUAGCGGAAAUGAACUUCCACGGCAACUUCACUCACCCCCGGGACUUCAAACAGGCGUUCUAUUGGUACCAGAAACUGGCGUCCUUGACCGGAAACAAUACGGCACAGUAUAUGAUUGGCUUUAUGUAUGCGACAGGGAUAGGUGGCGGUGUGGAACGCGACCAAGCGAAGGCGAUGCUGUACCAUACCUUUGCGGCCGACGCUGGAAACACGAAAUCGCAGAUGACCCUUGCAUACCGGCAUCAUGCUGGAAUUGGGACCGCCAGAAACUGCGAUGAGGCUACGUACUACUACAAACAGGUGGCGGAUAAGGCAAUUCAGUACUACCGAUCUGGCCCACCAGGCGGUCAAAGCAUGGUUCGCGAAUCAUUCCGCUGGGCAGACGAAGAAGGUGGUGUGUAUGGUGAGGGUGCCAGCGUAUCAAGCUCGGGACCAAAUGCGCUUCGCGAUUCCCAUGCCAGCACCGACGCUAGCUUGGAAGAUGUUUUGGAAUACUUGGAUCUUAUGUCCCGGAAGGGUGAGCUGAAGGCCACUUUCAGUCUGGGAAAGAUGCAUUAUGAAGGCGCCCGAGGCUUGCCUAGAAACUUUCGAAAGGCGAUGAAGUACUUUAAGCAGAUCACCAAACGGUAUUGGAACAAAGACGGAUCCGUCAACCCGAAUCAUCCUCUUGGAAUUGAGAAAUUGGCUGCGAAAGCGGCAGGGCACAUUGGCUUGAUGUUGCUUCGUGGUGAGGGCGUGGAGCAAAACUAUGCAACUGCGGGUUAUUGGUUCAAGCUUGGAUUGGGUAACGGGGAUGCACUCUGCCAACAUGAGCUUGGGAUUAUGUAUCUUCAUGGAUACGGCGUUCCUCAGGACGCAUUCAAGGCCUCUUCUUAUUUCAAAGCCGCGGCCGACCAAGACCUUCCGGCAGCCGAAACAAGACUCGGUGCUUUAUUCUUGGACCAGGGUGACAUUCCUACCGCUACUCGGUACUUCGAGCUGGCCGCGCGCUGGGGAUGGAUGGAAGCUUUCUAUUAUCUAGCCGAAUUAUCUAACAACGGCGUCGGCCGACAAAGACACUGCGGAAUGGCCGCUUCAUACUACAAGAUGGUUGCAGAGCGGGCAGAGGCGAUCCAUUCAUCCUUUGCCGAAUCUAAUGCCGCCUACGAAAACGGUGACAAAGACCGGGCACUUGUCGCUGCCAUGAUGGCUGCAGAGCAAGGCUACGAAAACGCGCAGUCUAAUGUGGCAUUUUUGCUAGACGAACAGCGCUCUUUGGUGUCAUUCGAUUCAAUCCUGCCUGGCCUCAAGAAGAGCCGGUCGCCUUUGCUCCGGAACGCUGCCUUGGCUCUCAUUUACUGGACUCGGUCCGCUAAACAAGCUAACAUCGACUCUCUCAUCAAAAUGGGCGACUAUUACCUCAGUGGGAGUGGUAUACUCGCGGACGCCGAGAAAGCUUCGACCUGCUAUCACACGGCCGCGGAGGCUCACUACAGUGCGCAGGCCUAUUGGAACCUCGGUUGGAUGCAUGAAAACGGAGUUGCUGUGGACCAGGAUUUCCACAUGGCAAAACGUUAUUAUGAUCUAGCUCUUGAAACAAGCUCUGAAUCCUAUUUACCGGUGAAGUUGAGUCUGCUCAAACUCCGCCUGCGGAGCUACUGGAAUCGUAUCACGAAUGGCAAGAUCAAUUCUAUCCAGGAAGAUGAUGAGCCCCGCCCUCGCCGAACAUUCAAGGAGUGGGUUGCAGCCUUUGUCGAGAACGAUGCAGAAGAGGAGGCCGAGUACCGAGCACAGAUGUACAAGAGGGCAGAAGACGACGAAGAGGACCUGCUAUCUACGGGCACAGAGUCUCGGCACGAUCGUCACCAAGAUGGCUAUUAUGACGACUUGGAAAUGGACAUCGACGACGCUGUUUUGGAAGGUCUCAUAAUGAUGGGCUUGAUGGUAGCAUUAGCCGUGCUCGUAUACAUUCGAUGGCAACGGAACCGAGACAGGCAGAACGAGAAUGGAGGCGCGAACCCAGCGGCUGCGGCUAAUGGGAAUGAUCGAGGGCUCUUUCCCCGGCCUGGAGAGCCCGAAUUCGCUCAAUGGGUAGCUGGUGGCGUAGGGCAUUAG